GCGAGCCACGCGACUGAACUACGCACGCGCGAGACUCGGGGCGACGCGGGCCCGGCCGGUAGAGGCGGUGUCAUGGCGUCAUCACCGUGCGACCGCUUUCCCGGAGACUGGUGUCCAAGGCUUUGAGUUGGUGACAAUGGCAGGUGAAGAAGUGAAUGAAGACUAUCCUGUAGAAAUUCAUGAGUCCUUAUCCGCCCUGGAGAGCUCCCUGGGUGCCGUUGAUGACAUGCUGAAGACCAUGAUGUCUGUGUCUAGAAGCGAGCUGGUGCAGAAGUUGGACCCACUUGAACAAGCAAAGGUGGACUUAGUUUCUGCAUACACACUAAAUUCAAUGUUUUGGGUUUAUUUGGCAACUCAAGGAGUUAAUCCUAAGGAGCAUCCAGUGAAGCAAGAACUGGAAAGAAUCAGAGUCUACAUGAACAGAGUCAAAGAAAUAACAGACAAGAAAAAGGCUGCCAAACUAGACAGAGGUGCCGCUUCGAGGUUUGUCAAGAAUGCGCUCUGGGAACCGAAACAAAAAAACACACCAAAAGUGGCUAGUAAAGGAAAAAGUAAACACUAACCUUCUGGUUUUGAUGUACAUGUUUUCAAAAAGUACAUCAUUUUUAUCAGUUUACAAAGUAAGUAGUUAUGUGGCCAUGUAACGUUUAAAUGGAUUCCUUUUUGAAUUCAUAUGUAAAUUUACGUAUUUGUGAUACUGAUUUUUUUUUUUUUUGCUGAGAAAGAUUAUGUUGUCUAUUGAUUUUCAUAUAAAGCAUCAUGAUGUUUUUAAUAUUUUAAGAUAUUCUAUAAGCAAUUGUGAAAUCCAAAUGUUCUUUGUAAACAUUUGUAGUGUUUUAAAUGAAUAAUGAUAUUAUGAAGUGUGCUGUCUGUAGACUAGAGUUGUAAGGACAUCUGUUUUCACUAAUGAUGAUAAAAUGCAAUGACUUAAAUACCCGCUUUGUUUUCUGUUUAUUUUGUUCAACUUGUUUGUAUGAUUUUUAUUUUUUGGAGUAAUUGCUAUCUUGAUAUUCAAAGUGCAAAAUUGAAACCUUAAGGCUGUACUUUAAUUCUUCAUGUUCCAUUUAAAAUAAAAUAUUCUCAUUAACAUUGAUGGAAACCAA